AGGUCCCAUUGAUUGACGCUUUUACAUUUUGAAUAUAGCAAGAUAUAAGUACAAUAAAUCGAACGCACUCGUUACCGACGAAAAAUACCGAAUGGUUACCUGUUUAUAAACCCAUAAAGUUCCCCUUUAAACACACCUGUACGGAAAGGGACGGAAAUAUUUCCGGAAAGUGCCGAUCGGCAUUUUUCCCCAGUUGCUCGGGUGUGACGUCAUUCCAAGUACAUACAAUGGCCGACUACAGAGAAAUACAUGACAGCGAGAGCGAAUAUUCGUCAGAUAUUGCUUUUUCUGAGAGUGAAGAUGAAGAGAUACAGACUUUACCUUACCAGUUUGAGCCAAUUGUGCGGCUUGAUGAAGGAAAUUCCAAUAAUCAAGCCGAUGUGAUCGAAAACGAAGAGCCGGAACGAUCGGGCAACACAAACUGGUGUGAAUGUGAGAACUGUAGAGCAAUGGAUACAGACAAAGAAUCUAUCUGUUGUAAUGAGAUUGACAGUGUGAAACUAAAGAUAGAGCAGUAUAAGGAAGAAACAGCAACUGAACUUUCCUGUAUAACCCGGCAUCCUGGUUUCCAGUCUGUUUGUCUUGACAGGUAUGUCUUGGAGACUGCCUACUACCAGUACAGACAACUAUAUGGCGAGGUUGAGCAUACAAACAAUGAACGACAGAGAUAUGUUGCCUACAGGCAGUUAGCCAGGUGGUGUUGGGGAUACCUUGGCAAAGAAGUUCGAGUUGUGCUUCCCUCAUGCGCUGUAAACUUGAUAAGAAGUACUUUCCCGUCAGACGUUUACAAGGGGUUUUCUGAUGCAUGAAAUAAAUUAUAUUAUAAAAAGAAUUAUUAAAAGUUGUGAAUGUAAA